AUGUCAUUAAGGCUUAUAAAGAUCAAGGAAUUGUUAAGCCUUCUCCUCGAAGGGAAGACAGAAAAUAAUGUCAGGAAGAAACAAACGCGCUUUACUGGGAAUUAUCAAAAGGAUAGGGAAAUGACGCUUUCAG